CUGGCACAGAUUGCCACUAACUAUGUUCUUCCUCCUGGCUAUCCUAUUCAACCAACUACUCAUCUCGUCACAAGGGACUUGGCAGAUGCGGUACUUGUCUACAUGACACCUGCUGAUCCCAAUCAAAUAGCCCUGAUACCUGACCCUUUUACUCGUAUAGGUCAAGCUAAUUAUGAUCAUAUAAUUCAUCUCUGUCGCAUCUAUGAAGAUGUUUUAUUGGCCGGAACUAUACUUAUUCGUAACAGACUAGUGCAUGCCAUGCUAAGCAGUGCCUAA